UACAGGGUUCCAAGAAAACUUCGAGCAAUAAAUCCAGUAGCCUAUACGCAUCAAUUGAUUUCGAUAGGGCCUUUUCACAGCAAGGACGAAGCAUUAAAGUCUAUGGAGAAGCAGAAAUUGCGAUACUUGGCAGAGUUCUGUAUAAGAACUGGAAUUAAUUGGACUGAGCUUGCCAACCAAAUUAAAGUGUCGGAGGUAAGUAUCCGCCAUUGUUAUGAAGAGACAUUUGAUGAGGUAUAUAUUGAAGACUUCGUCAAGAUGAUUCUCUUGGAUUCUGUGUUCAUCAUAGAGCUCUUCUUGAGGAGACGAGAAAAACAUUAUUUCAAUAGAAAUUUUAAAGAUGAUUUUAAACUCGGAAAAUCAACACGCGAAUAUGGUGUAUUAGGGGAUUUGAUAUUGGUUGAAAAUCAGUUGCCCUACUCUGUUCUCGAAGAUCUAUAUGAAUUCUCUAUCCGCAAAGCUAAUGAAGAAGGAUAUCCUCCUUUCUAUGAACUCGUGCUCUUUAACUUAGAUGACUACUUAUGUCCUCCUAAAAUUCGAGAAAAUAAAAAUCAUAAAUGUACCUGCAAUUGCUUCUCUUGCUUGUAUUGUUUCUGGAUUAGCAGAUGCUUCUGCUGUCUGAGGGACGGGGAUCAAAGCGCAAAAAAAGAAGAUGAAGAAGGCGGCCUUAAUCAGGAGAAACCCAUAAAUUUCACUGAUUUGGCUCGAAAAUCUAGAUCCUUCAAGCUUCCAGUGUCGAGAAACGACAACACAGUGAUGAAGGUAUACAACGCCACCAUGUUACGCGAGGCAGGAGUGAAGUUUAAGGCGAGUUCAGAGGCAUGGCUAAUUGACAUGAAAUUUGAGAGGGGAGUGUUGAAAAUGCUAAGAUUCUUAGCUAACGAUGACACAGAGCGUGUUAUUCGAAACCUGAUGGCUUUCGAGCAAUGUUACCAUCCAAACGAGCCAUUGAUAUGCGAUUACAUUUGGAUACUUGAUUUUCUGAUCAACACGGAGAAGGAUGUGGAUUUGCUUGUCGAAAAGGGGAUCAUUGUGAACUUGCUAGGCGACAGCAAAACAGCAACCAACUUGGUGAAUAACCUUGGAUUAGAAAUUAGAGCAUAUGGGUCUUGCUUUUACGGGCUGAAUAACCACUACGACAGUCCAGGGUGUCGUACGGUGGCAAUCAUGAGAAAUGUGUGUUUCAGCAACCUGUGGUGAGGCGCUGGAACAAUUGCUGCAAUUGUACUCCUAUUCUUCACCUUCACGCAGUCUGUGUAUUCCAUCAGCCAGUUAUUCUCUUGAAAGGUUGUGUAAUUGUGUGGGCCUGAUGCUUUUCACUUUUCUGUUUAUACUGUCUGUGUGUUUCUUUUUCAACUUGCUUUAUGGAAUAAGAGGUUUGUUGAUACUACGUUUCUUUCA